GGAGUGGUGUGGAAAGAAACAAAAAGGAGCACACGAGAGUAGAGAGUAGAGAGUAGGGUAAGAAAGAAGGAAAUGCAGCGGUGAACCAAUGAGGAGCCGAGAGUGAGUGCCACAAACGGAACAGAGCAAAACCCGUUUCCCGUCCCUCGCUCAUCGGUGGAACCCACAGAAGCGUACGGCCUGUCUCCCAAGGCUACGCCAUGUUAGUACGACACAUCUACCUUCUUCAAUGCCCUCUCGACAACGCAUCGUACCCUCCACUCACACUUCGACAACGCAUUCUAUUCCUAUCCUAUUAUUAGCCCUCCUUCCCUUUCUCUUUCUUCUUUUUUUCUCUCCACCUAGGGUUUCUUUCUUUCCUUCUUCACACAACCUCAACCUCAACCUCAAUCUCCAAUGGGACGAGGUAGGGUUCAGCUCAAGCGGAUCGAGAACAAAACCACCCAGCAAGUCACCUUCUCCAAACGCAGAUCCGGACUCCUCAAGAAAGCGCACGAAAUCUCUGUGCUAUGCGAUGCUCAACUCGCUCUUAUCAUCUUCUCCUCCAAAGGAAAACUUUUCCACUAUUCCUCCGAACGCAGCAUGGAAGACGUCCUGGAACGUUACGAGAGAUCUACACAUACUGAACUUGUUGGAGCUAACAAUGAAUUACAGGAGAAUUGGUCUUUCGAAUAUAUCAAGCUCACCCAUAAAGUUGAAGUCUUGGACAGAAACGUAAGGAAUUUCUUGGGAGAUGAUCUGGAUUCCUUGAGUAUGAAAGAGCUUCAGAAUUUGGAGCAGCAGCUUGACACAUCUCUAAAGCGCAUCCGAACAAGAAAGAACCAAGUUAUGAAUCAAUCCAUCUCAGAACUGCAUAAAAGGACAAAGGAAAUUCAAGAGCAAAACAGCAAGCUAUCAAAGAUGAAGGAGAAAGCCAAGACAGUGACUGAACGUCCACACAGCUGCCCUGAAACUCUAGGCCAAAAUCCAUCCACCCUUAACUUGUCUUCUCCACAGCAACUACCACCACAAAGACUGGUUCCUUCUCUAUCUUUAAGUGGGACAUUACAAGGAAGAGCUUCUUCGGUGGAAGAAACGGGUGACGUUCAAACAGUCCCAAGUAACACUUGUCUGAUCCCACCAUGGAUGCUGCAUAUCUAACACUAGGGUGACAUGUUUCUGCCAAGUAUGUGGCAUAUGAUUAAUGCUUAUAUAUAUCUGUUAGAAUAGCUAAUUAGCCGAGCUUAAUAUCUGCUCAAACUUGUUGCGUUCAUUUCGAAAUUAAUGGUAUUAAGCAGUUAUUUUCACAAA